GAAACAAAGUGUAGUGUCCGCGAGCCCGUUGGAAGCGAAAAGAGAGAAACCGGGGGAAGGAGAGAAUGGGGCGACUGAAUCCGCAACAACACCAGGAGGAAUAAUAAAAAUAUUAAUAACCGAACCGCGCCACAGACAGAGACAGAAGAAGGCAGAAGACGGAGGAAGAAAACUUUUCGUUGAGAGGGGGAAACUGUUACAGACUCUCGCCACGGCCGCUGCGGUUUUAAAACAUGGAUACACUUUCCCCUGUCUUCACGGGACUCCUGUUUCUCUUUUCGACACUUGGUAACGUGUCCGGCCAAAUACCGACAGCUCACAUGGGGCGCGCUGAGAAGGGAAGCUGCACGUUCGAUGACGGCUUCUCUCAGUGCGACUACCAACAAGACCCUUACGAUGACUUCGACUGGACGCACAUCAACACCCAGGAAGUGCCGUACGUCUCACCGGACCUGCCGCAAGGUUCCUACAUGUACGUGGACGUCUCUCAGUACGACAUCGGCGAGAAGGCCAGGUUUCAGCUGCCCGUCAUGAAGGAGAACGACACCCACUGCAUCGACUUCAACUAUCUCCUCAGCAGUCCUGACGGCUCCAGCCCCGGCACCCUCAACGUCCUGGUGAAGGUAAACAAGGGUCCUCUGGCCAACCCCAUAUGGAACGUGACAUCCUACACCGGUAAAGACUGGCUCAGGGCCGAGCUCGCCGUCUCCACCUUUUGGCCUAACGAAUAUCAGGUCAUAUUUGAAGCAGAGGUUUCGGACAGCAAAGCCGGCUUCAUCGCCAUCGACGACAUUCAGGUGCUCAGCUACCCAUGCGAUAAGUCCCCUCAUUUCCUGCGCCUCGGGGACGUGGAGGUGAACGCCGGACAGAACGCCACGUUUCAGUGCAUCGCCACAGGACGCGACACCAACAAUAAGCUCUGGCUGCAGAGGAGAAACGGGGAAGACAUUCCCGUGGCCCUGACCAAAAACAUCAACCACAGACGCUUCGCCGCCUCCUUCCACCUCAAAGAAGUCACUAAUCAGGAUCAAGAUCUGUAUCGCUGCGUCACCCAAUCAGAGCGCGGCUCCGGGGUGUCUAACUUUGCGGGUCUUAUCGUCAGAGAGCCUCCCCACCCCAUCGCCCCACCCCAGCUGCUCGGAGUCGGCCCCACAUACCUGCUGAUUCAGCUCAACGCCAACUCCAUAUUUGGAGAUGGACCUAUAAUACUGAAAGAGGUUGAGUACCGCAUGACAUCAGGCAGCUGGACCGAGACUCACGCCGUGAACUCUCCCAACUACAAGUUGUGGCACCUCGACCCAGACACAGAGUAUGAGAUCAGAGUGCUGCUAACCAGACCAGGAGAAGGAGGGACAGGCAAAGCUGGACCGCCGCUCAUCACUAGGACCAAAUGUGCAGAACCCAUGCGGACCCCUAAGAGGCUGAAGAUCGCAGAGACCAGGUCCCGUUUGAUAGCGGUGGACUGGGAAUCGCUGGGUUACAACAUCACUCGCUGUCACACCUUUAAUGUCACCAUCUGCUACCACUACAUGACUGCCAACAACCGCAGCAAAGCCGACUGCUUGGACAUGGAUCCGAAAGCGCCGCGCCAUGUGGUGGGAAACCUGCCGCCCUACACCAACGUCAGCCUGAAGAUGAUUCUGACCAACCCGGAGGGGCGGAAGGAGAGUGACGAGACCAUCAUACAGACCGACGAAGAUGUUCCGGGCGCAGUUCCCAGUCAGUCGCUUAAGGCCACACCCUCUGAAGAUACAAUAAAUCUUUUAUGGAAGGAACCAACUGAACCCAAUGGAGUCAUCAUACAGUACGAGAUCAGCUACAGCGGCGUGCGUUCAUUCGACCCUUCGGUUCCCCUGCAACGACCCGGACUCACGGUGUCUUUGCCCUCCAACGCCACCCAAUACACGUUUGCCCAGCUCCACCCAGGCGUCACGUACCAGCUCACCAUACGAGCAUCUACCUCCAAAGGGUUCGGUCCCGCCACCACUAUGAACGUGACCACUAACAUUUCAGCCCCGACUAUAGAUGAGUAUGACGGGUCUGAGGCCUUUCUGAACGAGACUGCAACCACCAUCACUGUCCUGCUCAAACCUGCCCAGGCAAAGGGAGCACCUAUAAGUGCGUACCAGAUCGUGGUGGAGGAAGUGAAUCCUCAGCGGACGCGUCGCCAGGCUUCCUCCGACUGUUACGAGGUCCCGGUCUCCUACCACAGCGCGUCCAGCGGUGGAUCCCCGUAUUAUUACGCCGCCCAGCUGUCCCCCAGCAACCUGCCUGAGCCACUCCCGUUCACUGUAGGAGACAACAAGACAUAUCAGGGUUUCUGGAAUCCGCCGCUUGCUCCAAGGAAGAACUACAACAUCUAUCUUCAAGCUGUUAGCAGCACGGAGAGGGAAACUAAGACGCAGUGUCUGAGGCUGGCAGCUAAACGCGCUACAGAGGAGCCAGAAGUCAUCCCUGACCCCGCUAAGCAGACGGACCGGGUGGUGAAAAUCGCCGGGAUCAGCGCCGGCGUCCUGGUUUUCAUCCUCCUGGUGCUGGUGGCCAUCUUAUUGGUGAAGAAGAGGAGGACCUACUAUUCAUACUCUUAUUACCUGAAACUGGCUAAAAAGCGCAAAGACGCCAUCGGGACGACGCGGCAGGAAAUGACGCACAUGGUGAACGCGAUGGACCGCAGCUACGCCGACCAGAGCACCCUGCACGGAGAGGAUCCCAUGGCCGUGACAUUCAUGGACUCGCACAACUACAACAACAGAUUGCCCAACGACCCUCUGGUUCCUACCGCUGUGUUAGUUCCAAUCACAGAUGAGAACCACAGUGGCUCUGCAGCAGAGAACAGCAGGCUUCUGGACGUUCCUCGGUACCACUGCGAGGGAACCGAGUCUCCUUAUCAGACGGGGCAGCUCCACCCGGCCAUCAGAGUGGCCGAUCUCCUGCAGCACAUCAACCUGAUGAAAACGUCUGACAGCUACGGCUUCAAGGAGGAAUAUGAAUUGGUGAUACAGAGCUUCUUCGAGGGCCAGUCGGCCUCCUGGGACGUGGCCAAGAAAGAGCAGAACCGCACCAAGAACCGCUACGGGAACAUCAUAGCAUACGACCAUUCAAGGGUUAUUCUCCAGCCCAUCGAAGACGACCCCUCCUCCGACUACAUCAACGCCAACUACAUCGAUGUAAGUGGAAACGCAUCGAAUGCUACUAUUGGCUCCCAACGAAACCAACGAAACCACACUCCCUCGCUCAUUUGGCUGUACAGGGAUGGAUACCAGAGGCCAAGUCACUACAUUGCUACUCAGGGUCCCGUGCACGAGACUGUGUAUGACUUCUGGAGGAUGGUGUGGCAGGAACAGUCGGCCUGCAUUGUCAUGGUAACCAAUCUGGUGGAGGUCGGAAGGGUUAAGUGCUACAAGUAUUGGCCAGACGAUGCUGAGGUGUACGGAGACUUCAAGGUGACGUUUGUGGAGGUGGAACCUCUCGCUGAGUACGUGGUUCGCACGUUCACGCUGGAGAGGCGUGGUUUCAACGAGGUGCGGGAAGUCAAGCAGUUCCACUUCACAGGCUGGCCUGACCACGGUGUUCCGUAUCACGCCACGGGACUACUUUCCUUCAUCCGCAGAGUUAAAAUCUCCAACCCACCCUCUGCUGGGCCGAUUGUGGUCCACUGCAGCGCCGGAGCAGGACGCACAGGCUGUUUCAUCGUCAUCGACAUCAUGCUGGACAUGGCGGAGAGAGAAGGCGUGGUGGACAUCUACAACUGCGUGAAAGCUCUUCGCUCCAGGAGGAUCAACAUGGUACAGACUGAGGAGCAGUACAUAUUCAUCCACGACGCCAUCCUGGAGGCUUGUCUAUGUGGAGAAACAGCCAUACCGGUCUGCGAGUUCAAAGCGGCUUUUUACGAGCUGAUCCGCAUCGACUCCCAGACCAACUCGUCCCACCUGAAGGAUGAGUUCCAGACGUUAAACUCAGUGACCCCCCAGCCUCAGCCGGAAGACUGCAGCAUCGCGCUGUUGCCUAGAAACCAAGACAAGAACCGCUUCAUGGACGGCCUUCCCCCCGACAGAUGCCUACCGUUCCUCAUCACGAUAGACGGAGAGAGCAGCAACUACAUCAACGCCGCUCUGAUGGAUCUGUCAGAAGAGUUCCAGAGCUACAGACAGCCCGCCGCCUUCAUCGUUACCCAGCAUCCUCUGCCCAACACCGUCAAAGACUUCUGGCGUCUGGUUUACGACUACGGAUGCACCAGUCUGGUGAUGCUGAAUGAGAUCGACCUGGCUCAGGGUUGUCCUCAGUACUGGCCGGAGGAGGGCAUGCUGCGUUACGGUCCCGUCCAGGUGGAGUGUAUGUCCUGCUCCAUGGACUGUGACGUCAUCAGCAGACUCUUCAGAGUGUGCAACCUCACCAGGCCUCAGGAAGGUUACUUGAUGGUUCGUCAGUUCCAGUACCUGGGGUGGGCGGGACACAGAGAAGUCCCCGCCUCCAAACGCUCCUUCCUCAAACUGAUCCUCCAGGUGGACCAGUGGCAGCGUGAGGGAGAGGAGGGGGAGGGAAGAACCAUCGUUCACUGCCUAAACGGAGGUGGGCGUAGUGGAGUGUUCUGUGCCAGCAGCAUCGUGUGUGAAAUGGCCAAGAGACAGAGUGUGGUGGACGUCUUCCACGCCGUGAAGACCUUGAGGAACAGCAAACCUAACAUGGUGGAUACUCCGGAACAGUAUCGGUUCUGCUACGACCUGGCGCUGGAGUUCAUCGAAUCCUCUUAAGCAAAGGAAAGAAGUAGAAGAAGAAGAAGAAGAAGAAGAAGAAGAGAAUGAGGAGGAAGAGGAGGAAGAAGAGCCGGAGAACAUCUGUUCACUUCACACGUGUUUGAUCCUUUGCUUUCGCUUGGUCCCGACUCCCCUCUGUGGUGGCCGUUCUGUAGCAUCCACCCUGCGUCCCGACGAAAACGGCGCUAGCUAAAUCGGCCUCUUGUACAGUGUCGUUAAACAAAGGGAAACUUUAAACAGGAAGUGCAGUGGAGGAGAAGGAGGAGGAGUUACUCCUUUUACUCCCUUAUGCUUAUUGUACAGCUUUUUGAGUGCCAGCGGGCCCCUGUAUGUUUUGGGCCCCAUUUAAACCUUUUAGCCUCUCACCCUCCAUGGACUCGAUGCUUCGUGCCGUUCCAGCUGCAGUACUCGGUGUGGCCUGUAGAUGUCUCCCUUUCCCCCUUCGUAAGCUGCAACCACAGCUUUCUGUAAAACCGCAGGUUUUUCAGUGGCCCCACGUUCCCGCUUUCAUACCACAGUAAAUCUAACAGUGUUGGGCAUCUCAUCAUGGUGAUGUUUGAAUAUUUGCAAGCAAGUACUUUUGUACAAGAAACUUACAGCCCGGCCAAUCUCUGUGAACGCUUCUGUUUCUGCUCCACGCAUCCUCACAUUAUUCUUCAUUUCUUUAUUAUGUGUUUGAGAACUAAACUGCCAUUUGAACCCAGUUGAUUGUCAGGCAACAGAACAGAGACAAUAUGUCAAAGAAAGAAGGUUGGCGAUGGAACAAAACAAAACGGGAAGUUUACAUCACGAGUAUUAGGCUUUUUUUUUUUAUCAUGAAGUGGCAACUUGAAAAAAUGUUAUGUAGGACUUUUACUAAAAUGUUUUCAAAAAAAAGUGUAUAAUCAUUGUUUUUAUUUUCUUGUUUGCUUUUUUGUAGUAUCACGUAUCAAUCUACUGGGUAGACUUUUUCUUUGUGCCCCACAUUCAUUUGGCCCCAUUCACCUAAUCAUGUGUGUGUCAGGGCUGGGCCCAAUGCACUUUCAAUUCAGCCAAUUCACAAAUGGAAUAGUUUUUCAGGCAGAUUUGGAAUAAGAGUGAAAAAAAAAAAUGUUUCAUCUAAAAAUAAAUAAAUGAAUAAAUAAAUUUCCAUUCACGGCUUGAGCGGACUUGGAAGUGAACUGACCCCAGGCGUCAUUCGUAUCCGUGCACUGGUGGCCGACACUUUUCUCUUUGUUUUUGAUAUUACUAUUAUUUUGUAGCCGACGUUUCUUCAUAAGCCAAAGACUUUGUGUAAAUAUGUCUAUAUGGAUAAAGCACAUUGUUUGUAUUUAUUGUUUGUUUACUUGCAUUGCUUGUAAGAACAAUCAUUCUUCAUUCCAUGUUUACUCUACCACCAGCGUUUCUUAAACUUUGAGGGCGUUAGCAUGAUUCACUGAGCCCCCCCCGAUUAGUAAGAGACGACAUCUGCUCAGUCUGGGUCCAUGAAGAAGAGUUUAAGAACCCCUGAUUGAAGCUGUAUAUUAAAGCUUUAGAAGUAGUUUUUCAGUAUUUAGGUGGAACUCAGUAGUCUUUGUUUUCACUUCCUGUGAUGUUACUGUGGUUUAUUUGUGUAAAAGCCCAUCGCUCUGUUUGUGGUCAGUAGAGCAUUUUGAGUAUUUUGGAUAAUGGCUCCUAUCCCUCUUGACGUCUUAUCCGGGAUAAGCUGUUUAUCUCCACUUCCUGCUUACCAGCAUCCUCGAAAACACACAGGCGUGGGUGCUGCACAGGACGGUGAUACAAAAACAUUUAUCGUGCCUAAUCAUUUUAAAUUUCCUCGUCGCUAACGAGCAUUCGAAGCAGAAUCUUCGAUCUGAGCCGGGGGCUCUUUGUUGAACGCUCCCAAACGGACGAUCAAUAUUCUGAACACCUUUUUUGGAUCUGCUGUGUUUUAUUCAUCACGAAUGCUUCGCUGUGAGGCUUUUACGUACGAGCUUUCCAGACGUGUUUCUGUUUGUGCAAAAACGGAUUUAAGAAAAAAAAAAGAAGAAGAAGAAACUUUAUUGUAAAUAAAACGCUUCACUUUGUUGGAGCGAGAGCAGCCCUACUCUUACUGAUGUUAAUGUAAAUAGACUAUCAUGAGUACUAUAAAAAAAAAAAGGCUCUACUGUUGGAUGAACAGUGGAGAUGUAGAAGAUGGAUGCAAUGUCAGAACAUUAGUUCUGUUGUAGAUAAGAAAAGAAUAAAAUAAAGUCACAGAUUGUAGUCCUGCAGGAUUCAACUUCAAAUACGGACAGAUGGCGUUUAAAGUUUUCACUGAUUGCAGAGCUUCUUUCUGUUUGUGGAAACUUUUAGUUUUUAUUUCUCCAGAUUUCUGAUCUGGCUCAAAGAAGGGAGAGAGAAAAAGAGGCCUAUAUUAAUCCAGUCCUACGCUAGAUUUCUGCCAGUCGGACAAAACAGAUGGCCGUCUCGCAUGAGAGGGAAGGUGGCGUUAACGGAUAGUGAAUACAGUAUGUAAACCCUCUAAACUAAACACACUUUAAGGGAAGAUGCUCGCAUUCCCUCUCAUAAACCUGAAGUCAUUGACCUGAAGAGUAGUGAGUGAAGGGAGAGGCCAGUCUGAGCUGAUAUUCAUGGUUCAUAAUUAUUCUUGUCUGUAAUGUUUGGCUUCUUUGCUGUAAUAAAAACCACUUCUUUAA